GCUUAUAUGUGAGGAAUACAAAGGCUGUAGGAUUACUAUGUAGAGUGGCUGCAUGGAUACCCACACACACACACACACACACACACACACACACACACACACACACACACACACACACACACACACACACACACACACACACACACACACACACACACACACACACACACACACACACACACACACACACACACACGUGAUCUCAGAGCCUGGUGGACAGUCCUGUUCCUCAAUUUAAAGCAUUGUGUUGGCCUGGACAUGCAGCAUGUAUGCAGUGAGAGUCAACACUGUUAAAUGGCAUCAAACUGCAACAAGUGCAACUCUGUGACCAUUCAGAGAUAUAAUGUCAGAAGGGACAAUAGGACUGGUGAAGACAGAGACCAGAUCUGAAGAUGCUCCAAAGAGCUGCGAUGAACUGUCAGGGAGGAAGCUGCUUUCUCCUGAGGCUGGAUGCAGCUCAAAGAUAUUGGAAAACUGCAUCAGUGAAGUUGAGUUUGUAUUAACUCUGCCUGCUUUUCUCAAGUUAAACAGUUUGUCUUGUGUUGCUGAUACGGAGUUGAGCAGGGCACUCCAAGAACAUCAAACUUUAGCUGAAAGACUUGAGACACUAGAAGGUCUCAGGCAGGAGUCAGGAGGAGAGCAAGAGAAGGGUAGUGAAGAAAGAGCUCAACGGGACUUCAAGAAGUCUGUCAAGAAUCUGCUCAGGCUUGUACGAGCCCGUCCAGAUGUCAUUUCUGAUUUUAGGGCAGAGCAGGAUAUGGAAGUAGGGGAGAGCGAGUCCAUACUAAUUAAUGAGCUCAAAAAGUUUCACAGCCAUAUGGCGGAAAAGUUGCUAACCAGUGUGAGUGAGGAGCUAAAGCAAACCCUCUACAAGCCUACUUCUUCACCCCCCAUUCCCUCUCACACACUGGACCUCAUAAAUUCAGCGGAAGAAAAAUUGUCUGCAGCAAUAACGGAAAAAGAUGCAGAGAUUUCUCAACAAAAUAUAGAGAUAGAAAAUUUGCAGAGUUGUCUAGAAGAGAAAAACAAAGAGGAAGCAGCCUUGUCCAUUUCUGGAGAUAAGCAGCACCCGCAUGUCAAGACAGUGAAGAUGAUCCGUUUGGAACAGGAAAUAGAUCAACUGAAGACCCAGCUGAAGAGUUUAAAGCUUGAACACAGACAGGCAGAGGGAGUGAUCCUAGAGAAAAAUGAAGAAUUGGAAAAAGAAAUUGAAUCCCUGCUUCAAAAUUUUGAUGCUGAUAUCGGAGAACUCCAGACCCACCUGGAUGUCAUUGAAAAAGAUCAUGAGAAGGAGCUGGAGGAGCUGAGGAAACAGGAGCAAUCAUUUUCUGUCCUAGAGGUGGAGUUCAACCAGAUCCAGGAGAAGCAUCGGCUUGAGGAAGAGAAGAGGAAACAGGAGAUGAAGGAUCUGGUGCUGAAGACCAAAGCUGCUAUUUAUGCCCAGGCCUGGUGGAGAGGCUACAUGACUCGCAAGGCUUUAAAGAACAAGGGCAAAAGCAAAAAGGCCAAAAAAGGCAAAGGCAAGAAGAUCAAAUAAAUCACUUAUACUGCUUAGUUACUCUUGGGAUACAAGGACACAAAUAUACCGUAUACCAGAGAUUUUUUGGGGUGCUGCUGAAUCAUUCCCGUUAUAUCUGUUAUUCAGUCUGAUUUUAUUUGUCAUGACUCAUGUUAUAAAGUGGUGUUUUACACAAGAGUUUUUUGGUUUUUUUAAUUGAAUGUAUUCAAUGACUAUAUCAUUAUCCCUACUAUCCUUUUACCUGCAACAGACCUGAUCAGUGUUGGUUUAAACAGGGACUGAUUCAUUGGGUGACUGGUCACAUCUUCCCUUAAUGGCCACAGGGUGGCAGUACACAACUUGUGUUCUAAACAUACAGUAUAUCAAUACAUUACAGUAAUUUGGUCAAGAGGGCAGAAGAAGCUGCAUUUUAAUUAACCAGCAGUAUCAGUGAUGUGGUUGCUAGACAAACAUAGCUUUAUAAAUUUAAGUCAACUCACAAUUGAUGUUUAAUAUUUCUCAACCUUUAAUAUUUUCCUAUUGGUUAAUCACAUUAACAGGCGUAUACAAGGCCACCACACAUCAGUAGCAACAUACAAAAUGAUUGAUUAAUUCUUCCCAUAUGCUGGUUUUGCCUAUCUCUGAGGCUUUUGUUGUCACUGAAGCUUAAAGGUUUCCAGAUGUCUAAAAAGCCAUCCUGUACACUUCUCACUGUGUAACAUAGGCCGAUCAAUAAGCCCUUUUAGGUAAUCCAUUCUUCAGUACUGUUUAUUUUUUUCCUUAAAAUAAUGAUUGAAUAAAUAUAUGACUAUGAGGACGUUUA